CUCUUCGAAGUGAUUUUCCGCUCAAAUUGCUCAUCGACGACCCAAGAGCUUUGCCUCCGGUGGUGCAUUUCGUCUCUGGCACUCCACGAUGCAGACAACAACGGGUCCAACUACCAGAUCACGGUCACAGCAUGGACGUCCUCCGCCUCGCAUUCACGGGAAGAAAGGUAAUAGAAUUGCUUUCCCGACAAGCAAUUUACUAAGGUUGAGCAAGCGGGCGUCCAAAGGUGAAGAGAUUAUGGAAGAUUUGGCCAAAAAUUUCUAUGAGAUAAGGGACCAAUCGGAGAGUACGAUGAUCAAAAGCUCGACAUUUGGUUCUGUGGCAAACGUACCCAACACUGACUGUCCUCGAGAUUGGCUCAUCGAGGCAAUCAACAUAAUAAACACACUAGCUAAAGAGAUGGCUUUGCCUACACGUGCGCACCGUAAAGCGUGCGAAGCCUUGAUGGGGAAGAAUGUGGCGAAGGUGUUCGUCCUCAUGACCGAUGCUUGUCGGAAAGACUGGUUGAUGGAUUUCCUUUCUCCCCGACUUCGAUUGAUAUAG